CUCUGCCUGCGUCUCGCUGUCGGCCGCUCUCUGGCCGUUGCCGGUGCUCUCCCUGCUCCCUGCCCAUCGCCCGUUGCUGGGUGACUCAGUACAUGGUUCGGGUCCGAGCUGUGGUGAUGGCCCGAGAUGACUCCAGUGGGGGCUGGCUGCCUGUGGGGGGCGGGGGCCUCAGCCAGGUGAGCGUAUGUCGGGUCCGAGGGGCCAGGCCCGAGGGGGGGACCCGCCAGGGGCACUUCGUCAUCCACGGGGAGCGCCUCCGGGACCAGAAAACUACCUUGGAGUGUACCCUGAGGCCAGGCUUGGUUUACAACAAGGUGAACCCCAUCUUCCAUCACUGGAGCCUGGGUGAUUGCAAGUUUGGGCUGACGUUUCAGAGUCCGGCAGAGGCUGAUGAAUUCCAGAAGAGCCUGCUGGCCGCUCUGGCCGCGCUGGGUCGAGGCUCACUCACCCCCUCCUCCUCCUCCUCCUCCUCUUCCUCCUCCCCUUCCCAGGACACUGCAGAGACCCCCUGCCCUCUGACGUCCCACGUGGACAGCGACUCCUCCUCCAGCCACAGCCGCCAGGAGACACCGCCCACCGCUGGGGCAGCGGCCCCCAUCAGCACCGUGGAGUCAGCUUCCGGCUUUGGGCCGGCCACGCCCCCCCAGCGCCGCUCCUCUGCCCAGAGCUACCCUCCGCUCCUACCUUUCACGGGGAUCUCUGAGGCCUCAGAGCCCCUGGCUGGGGCUGGGGGCCCUGGCUGGGGCGGCCGCGGCUAUGAGGAUUAUCGGCGCGCCGGGCCCCCCGCGCCCCUGGCUCUGUCCACCUGCGUGGUGCGCUUCGCCAAGGCUGGCACAUUGAGGGGCGCGGCCCUGGGUCCCCCAGCGGCACUACCCGCCCCUCUCGCCGAGGCUGCGCCCCCAGCGCCCCCAGCUCGCCCACCCCCGGGCCCAACCCCCGAGCCCGCCAAGGCCUCUCCCGAGGCGGAGGAGGCUGCGCGCUGCGUGCACUGCCGUGCGCUCUUCCGCCGCCGCGCAGACGGUCGUGGUGGCCGCUGCGCCGAGGCCCCGGACCCGGGUCGCCUGCUGGUGCGCCGUCUCAGCUGCCUGUGGUGCGCGGAGAGCUUGCUCUACCACUGCCUGUCGGACGCCGAGGGCGACUUCUCGGACCCGUGCGCCUGUGAGCCUGGCCACCCACGUCCCGCCGCGCGCUGGGCAGCGCUGGCUGCCCUCUCCCUGGCCGUGCCCUGCCUCUGCUGCUACGCGCCCCUGCGCGCAUGCCACUGGGUCGCAGCUCGAUGCGGCUGCGCAGGCUGCGGGGGUCGCCACGAGGAGGCUGCGCGGUGAGGACCGCCUGGCAGAUCCUGUAGCCAGACCGAGGACCCAGAAUUGAGGGUCCAGGACCCCUGACUUCAUUCGGACCCCAAACCCAAACCUAGGCACACCGGAACUUGGAGCUUGAGUUUGGAUUGAGAGACCCCAGAUCUGGACCGUGGACCCCAAAUCUAGGACUGAGAGACCCUAGACCCAGCUUCAUUGGGGUGUCUGUCCAAGAGGUCCCAGCAUCCUGAGUUCUGGCAUCUCCUUUCUUCCCCUACCUUUCUCCACCAUGAUCUAGACUGAGGAGACUCCAGGUGUCCCCAAACUUUCUGCCGGAAGCAGGCCAGGGAACAUUUGAUGUCUGAGACCCAGCGCAGUGAGUCCUGACUCCCUGUUCAGGUGACCCCCUUAGACCUGGGCAUACCUGGCACCACAACUCAGAUUUCAGCCCCAGAAUUAGUCAGCACUUGCCAAUAACUGAUUCUACCUGUAAGCAAGAGACCACAGAACCCAGAAUCACCCCCAGAUGGCCCCUGAAUGUUUAUCUGAACCGGGGAACCCAGAUCUGACAUGUUCUUAUAGCUUCUGGCCUCCUGAGAUAUCACACACUCUUAAAUGCCCCAGGUCCUUCCUGCUCAAGAUGACUUGGGAGACCCAACUCAGAGCCCCUGUCUCCAUCCAGUGGUCAGACCCUGAGGUGCUGGGAUCCAGGGAUCAAACACUGCUGUAGACUCACCUGUCACAAGCCAGUGUUCCCAGGAGCUUGGAUCUCACAUACAGGACUCUGAGGUGCCUGGGACCUCCAGACGUAGCACUGGAGGCCACCUCAGGGCCCAAAACACUGGUCCCAAGUCCGCUUCCAGUCCCCCUUGGAUUUAGAUUUCAAGUCCUAGAACAUUCUGAAAUCUUUGUAUCAACAGAUCCCCAAUCCCUGGUCCCAGAAGAUGGGCUCUUGGCAACUCAGACCUCUGACCCCUUGUUCCCCAGCCCCUCAAUGACCCCAAGGUGCUUUAGGAGCACUGGAUCCAAGACCCCAAGGUGCCCUGUCACCCCAAAUUCAGGGCUCAGGCCUACAUGUAUUGGGAUUAUCCAUGAUCCAAGACCUUGGUCCCUCUAUGCCAAAAGACAGAUUUGAGGUAUCCCAGGACCCUAGUACCCUCAGAUUCCAGAUUUCCUAGGACUUGAACCUCUCUAGUCUGAUAAUCCUCAGGCCCAAUUUGUGUGUCUCCUGAGACCUGCUGCUCCAGGAUCCUGCCAUCCCCCAAGACCCCAAAGUCCCAGACAAAUUGUAGUUCCAAGGGCCCAGCAUUGUGCAGAACUACCCCUUUACUCAAGUAAGGGAAGAACCCCAUUUGGAACUCAUGUUCCUGGAGCCCAGGACCAUCAGAGGGCUUCUUUGUAACCCUGGGUUGCCAUGGGCAGUUGUGCAGGCUGGCCACUAGGCAAGGCACUCAGCUGAAGUGGGUGCAGCGGCAACUCACCCCACAUCCUGCUGGCCAUACUGUGCCCUUAGAGGAAGGUGUGUUUCUAAGGCAUCUUUUGGGGUUAACUGGCUCUGCUGGUAUGCAUACACACAGCAGUCCCCAGCCUUGCACAUUCUCUCUUAGCCCCUUCCCUUCCAUCUUAGAGUUGAGGGUGGCUGUGGAAAGUUUGAGACCCUUCUUCUGGAGAAGGGAGGUGCCAUGGUCUCUUCGCCUCAAGUGGCCUGGGGCUUCCAGGGUACCUCAGAUCUGAUGGCCUUUAUUCGGGGAGGGGCAGGGAAGAAUCAAGGUCUUGGAGCAAGACACUCUCAGUGUUACACAGGCUUGGGACCUGCAUCUAGUCUCAAGCAUCUGGAAACGUGCGCUUACCUUUCCUAGUUACCCUGACUUGGAUGGCACGGUGGAGUUGAAUGGAUAGAUCAGGGGGGCCAGAAUAGAUCCUUCUGUCACUUCUUUUAAAUUAUUAACUAUUUAUUACAUCCGGAACCUGUGAGAUUCAGCUCUCCCAGCCAGACCCGGGGGUGGGUAAGAGACAGGGGGGUGUCCCUCCCAUCCCCACUCUGCCCGUCUCUCAUCACUGUCAGACCCACCAGAGCUGAGGGUGGAGGGACUGGGGGGGCUGGGCCAGCCUGGGUUCCCAUCCCCCUCUCUGUGCCUCGGUCUCCUCCCUUCCGUGGUGGGCGGGGGGAAGCUCCAUUCUUAACCUACCUCGUUUUGGGGAGGGGUGGGACGGGGGACCAGAGUGCUGUACGGUGCUGUGGGAUCUGCGGAUGAAGUGGUGGGGCCUUGGGGAAGGUUCCCCAGCCCCCACCUCCCAGCACCGCCUCUCCCAGGUCUCCCAGUCCUGCUCCCAGCUGAUACCCACCUCUGAUCCAUGAUUACUCUUCAUCACCCCCAAAUCAGGGGUGCGUGGAGGGCUGACCCUGGGAGCCAGGAAGACCUCAGACCCUGGUGUCCCCAGGCCCAAUUUCCCACUGCUAGCCCCUCAGAUCAGAUGCUUGGCCCCCAUACUUGGGGGAGGCACCCUGACACUUAUCUUCCUGAUCUUGAUACCAAGCCAGUCUGUGACCUCAAUAUUGUCAUUGUCAGUACAGGCUGAAAUGAUGGGGGCCAAAGACCCAGAUUUGUCAUCCGGGGGAGGGGGCAUGAGAGAUCCACUCCAAGAAAUGUCUGUGACAAAGUCUCAGCCUGUGUUCUUUAUUUGCAUUGAUGCGCCCCCAUCUACUCACUUCCUGAACCCCUAACCUGAUUGCUUCUUCAAAUUCUCCAUCACGUCCUUUAAUUCUAAGCAGAACUCUAGCUGAGUUUUAUACAGUCACUCAACAAGCACAUUUAUUGAACACCCAUUACAUUAUAUGCCAAGCCUGGUACUAGGCUCUUUGAGAAGACAGUGAUCAGAACAGACAAAAAUCCUUCCCCACUAGGAACUUUCUAGUGGAGGAGACACCAAAUAAAUGACAGGUUAGAAAUGAUAUCUACUACGAGGGAAAAAUAAAGUGGAACUGGGAGAGAAAGUCAAUUGUAGCCCGAGUGGUUGGGCCUCACCGUGGAGCUGGCAUUUGAAUAAAGCCCUAAAGGAGGACAGGGGUCCCUUGAUGUCUGUGGGAGGAACGUUCUGGGUAGAGGGAAGAGUCAGUGCAAGACUCUGAGGGAGGAGCAUGCCUGGUAAGUCUGAGCGACUUCAAGGGAGUGCUUGGAGGGGAGAAAGCGAAGAGGAGGAAUUAGACAGAGAGGUGAACGGGCAGAUCCACACGGUCGUGCAAGUCGUUGCAUGGAUUUGGUGUUGCCCAGAGA